AUGGCAAAACAGAAACCUAUGCUUCGUGGAAGAAUCCAUCAGAUAGCCUUCUACCUCACCAUUGGAAAGGCCCUCAUGUACGGCAUUUGCUGCUUGCACGGCAAGGGGAACCUUGGGAUAAUGAUAUACCUUCUGUCCCAGCUGAUAUUAUUCGGCGUAAGCAGCACAUACCAUAUCACAUCGUGGAAGGACGAAAAAACAAAGGCUCUCUUUCAAAGGCUGGACCACAUCUCCAUAUUUCUUCUCAUAUCAGGCACCCAGACAUCAGUGGCUCUCCUCUUGCUCCCAGAAGGUCCAUAUACAAAGCACAUCCUCAUGACAACUUGGACAAUAUCGCUUGCUGGUAUUCUAAAGAUCAUCCUGAUGAAGAAGCUGCAUAUGUACUUUGAUCUCAUGGUCUACAUACUUCAUGGAGUGUCUGUUGUCCCAUUCUUCCACAUCAUCAUGAAGAGUGUGCCGGUAAGUGACAUCUCUCUGUUUAUAUUAGGAGGCGUCAUAUACAUAGUCGGUGGACUUAUCUACGGAAUGGAAAAGCCCAAUCCAUACCCUCAGGUAUUCGGAUACCACGAAAUAUUCCAUGUAAUGACAGUGCUAGCCAACUGGUGCUUCCUUAUACCCUUACUACGAGAAUAUAUCUCUACCCUAUCUGGAAAAUAA